UACGGAGCCACUAGAUAUUAUCUCAUAACACGACGUGCAUAACCUGCGUUACCCGGUAAAACUAACUCACUCAGUUCCAUAUUCACCGGCAUUUCCGGUUCCUUUAUCUCCUGCACGAAAUCUCGGUAUAAAUCCAUUCCUUUACAUUUCUCUAGACAGUCUCGAUCUCACCGGAAUCGUAAUCGUAACCUCCGAUCAUCGUUCCUCCCGGAAUAGACUAGAUAGUUUUGAGACUAACUUACUGAAGAUGGCGGAUAAUGAGGAGGGAGAGGAAACCACUUCUCGUGGAAAUGAAUGGGAAGUUGUUUCACUUACAGCAUCAGCAUAUGCUGCUGCUCCAGGUCCAAAAGGAAUUGAAAUGAGUGAUGAUGGCAAGAGUAAUACCUUUAAAGGCAAUGAAGCGGAAACUUCUCAUGCAAUGUUUUUGUCUGGUCACUUUGUCUUUCCACCUAGUCAGCAUGAGAAUUUGCCGUUGGAACCUGAUGACACUGAGAUCCAUAAUGAACAUGGAAGUGAGGAUGUGAUUCCUGAAUCGAAUGUGGAGAAAGGUGGUCAUUCUGAUGGAAAAAAUGAAGAUAAUUGGAGUGUCAAAGAUCUUACUAAAGGAGAUGAAUUCCCUGGCAUACAGUUGUUUGAUGAAGGGGGAAAAAGUCUAUCUGAUCGUGGCAAAGGUUUUGAAGAAGGAACAGCCCUCAAAGGGCUAAAUCUGGUUGACAAAGAGCCUGAUAUUUACAGUGCUGCUAAAUUUAGUUCUUUGCACAGUGAACCAACUAUUGGUGGAUCUACCACAUAUGAUGGGAAUACGGUUAUCCCAGAUCUAGUUGAACCUCCUGAGCUAGGUGCAGACCUCCAUGCAGAUAUCUCACAAUCUCCAAAAUCUACAAAAGAUGAUGAUAGAUAUGAUGGGUCCAAUCUUCCUUGUGAAGCUUGGUGGAAGAGACGAGCAGCUUCCUUUUAUGGUCAUGCAAAAGAGGCAAAUGCAUUUUGGUCUAUCUUUAUUGCUGCAGCUGUGAUGGGCCUUGUAAUUCUUGGGCAGCGAUGGCAGCAUGAAAGAUGGCAGGUUUUACAACUUAAAUGGCAGUUUGGCGUUAAUGAUGAGAAAAUGGGCAGGAUGUUGGGGCCCAUAAUUCGAUUAAAGGAUGUGAUAGUGGGUGGGAACCGCCGGGGUUCUUUUAUCAGAGGCAGCAGCACCUCAGGAAACCGUUAAGAUGAUGACGAAAAAGAGAAGGGGCGUCAGGAUGAUGGUAUGUUAGUUUGUUAUUGUGUGGAUCACCUAUUUUUCUUGUGACAAAGCUUUACAAAGCUACAUAUUUUAAGUUUGCUUAUUGUUAUGCUACUAUUAUGUUGGUGGUGGGUUGGCCUUUUUCGUCUUGAGAAUGGUUAAAGAUUAGGAGGUUAUAUAA